AUGUAUUGGUUUCAAUGGAUUAGUCUUAUUUCACCUUUAUUAUCUAUACCAAUAUAUAUUAUUAUUAAAUCUACUUCUGAGGAAAGUUAUGAUCAUGCAAUUUCAUAUUCAAUAGUAUUUCCUGUAAUGUUUCAAUUAUAUUUGCAUGUAGGAUAUAUAAGUUUUUACCUAUAUUGUGAUGAGGGUUAUUUAUCAUCAGCUUUGUUGUUUUUAAGUGGAUUUGUUUUGAAUAAUUCUAUCCGUUACGCAUAUGAAUCGGUAUUUCCAAGCGAUGUUUGGAAAGUGGUUGACGUCACUAAAUUUGGAAAAAAAGAAAAAGCAGAUGAUACUAAACCAAUUUAA